AUGGCUGCUGCCCUGAAAUCAAGUCCUUCCUUCCUCCAACCGAAGAAACCAGAUACCCAUUUCCUCAUUCGUCAUAAACCCAUAUUCAUCUCAACCAGAAGGUUCGUUCCAAUGGCUUCUAUCGCUGCUACCCGAAGUCUUAGUAUUAGUGAAACAUUCUCCAAUCUCAAAAGACAAGGCAAAGUGGCGCUCAUCCCAUACAUCACAGCCGGCGAUCCUGAUCUUUCAACCACAGCAGAAGCCUUGAAGGUGCUGGAUGCCUGUGGAUCUGACAUAAUUGAAUUGGGCGUUCCUUACUCUGAUCCUUUGGCAGAUGGUCCAGUUAUCCAGGCGGCAGCUACACGCUCCUUGGCUAGAGGGACCAAUUUGGAAGCAAUCACAUCAAUGUUAAAGGAGGUGGUUCCACAAGUAUCCUGUCCAAUUGCUUUAUUUACAUAUUACAAUCCAAUUCUAAAGCGUGGAAUUGGGAAGUUUAUGUCCACAGUAAAAGACGUUGGCAUACAUGGACUUGUGGUCCCAGAUGUUCCUUUGGAGGAGACUGAAGUUCUGAAGAAGGAAGCUGUCAAGAAUAAGCUUGAACUGGUGCUUCUUACGACACCCACUACUCCAACAGAACGAAUGAAAGCCAUUGUUGAAGCAGCAGAUGGAUUUGUGUAUCUUGUGAGCUCAGUUGGGGUAACUGGUGCUCGUGCUUCCAUAAGUGACAAAGUUCAAACCCUUCUCCAGGAUAUUAAAGAGGCAACAACCAAGCCUGUAGCUGUUGGCUUUGGCAUAUCAAAACCAGAGCAUGUCAAGCAGAUAGCAGGAUGGGGUUCCGAUGGUGUCAUUGUUGGUAGUGCCAUGGUGAAGCUGUUGGGUGAAGCAAAAUCUCCCGAGGAAGGAUUGAAGGCACUAGAGAGUUUCACCAAAUCUUUAAAAGCUGCGCUUCCUUGA